AUGAAUGCACUUAUCGAAUUUGAUAUUAGUCGAGGGAUUCCUAUCUAUCUAUCUAUCUAUCUCAGUCUGUUUCUUUCUAUCUAUCUAUCUCAGUCUGUUUCUUUCUAUCUAUCUAUCUAUCUCAGUCUGUUUCUUUCUAUCUAUCUAUCUCAGUCUGUUUCUUUCUAUCUAUCUAUCUAUCUCAGUCUGUUUCUUUCUAUCUAUCUAUCUAUCUCAGUCUGUUUCUUUCUAUCUAUCUAUCUAUCUCAGUCUGUUUCUUUCUAUCUAUCUAUCUAUCUCAGUCUGUUUCUUUCUAUCUAUCUAUCUAUGUCUGUUUCUUUCUAUCUAUCUAUCUAUCUCAGUCUGUUUCUUUCUAUCUAUCUAUCUAUGUCUGUUUCUUUCUAUCUAUCUAUCUAUCUCAGUCUGUUUCUUUUAUCUAUCUAUCUCAGUCUGUUUCUUUUAUCUAUCUCAGUCUGUUUCUUUCUAUCUAUCUAUCUCAGUCUGUUUCUUUCUAUCUAUCUAUCUAUCUCAGUCUGUUUCUUUCUAUCUAUCUAUCUAUCUCAGUCUGUUUCUUUCUAUCUAUCUAUCUAUCUCAGUCUGUUUCUAUCUAUCUAUCUAUCUAUCUCAGUCUGUUUCUAUCUAUCUAUCUAUCUCAGUCUGUUUCUAUCUAUCUAUCUAUCUAUCUCAGUCUGUUUCUAUCUAUCUAUCUAUCUCAGUCUGUUUCUAUCUAUCUAUCUAUCUCAGUCUGUUUCUAUCUAUCUAUCUAUCUCAGUCUGUUUCUAUCUAUCUAUCUCAGUCUGUUUCUAUCUAUCUCAGUCUGUUUCUAUCUAUCUAUCUAUCUAUCUCAGUCUGUUUCUAUCUAUCUAUCUAUCUAUCUAUCUCAGUCUGUUUCUAUCUAUCUAUCUAUCUCAGUCUGUUUCUAUCUAUCUAUCUAUCUAUCUCAGUCUGUUUCUAUCUAUCUAUCUAUCUAUUUCAGUCUGUUUCUAUCUAUCUAUCUAUCUAUCUAUUUCAGUCUGUUUCUAUCUAUCUAUCUAUUUCAGUCUGCUUCUAUCUAUCUAUCUAUCUAUCUAUCUAUCUAUCUAUCUCAGUCUGUUUCUAUCUAUCUAUCUAUCUAUCUCAGUCUGUUUCUAUCUAUCUAUCUAUCUAUCUAUGAAUAUGAAGUAG